AUCGUGAACACGCGCACCUGACUGGACAAAUCCCUGGAUCAGAACACUGCAUCGAUGGGAAACACAAUACAAUCGGACAGUCGGCUAUUGUGUUUUCCGAUAUGAUGCUCGCAUCGGCAUGAAUCCAGUUGUCGGACUUCUGGCUGGAUCAUGCCGAGCUCGCGCUUCUCACCAAUAGUGAUGUGACGCUGAGCUUAUUGAUCUACCUGAUAUUCACAAAAAUAUGCUCGGCCAAAACAGAUUAGACAUCCGGGGAAGACAUUGCAUUGGAAAGUCCCUGACGUAAUUUGUUUUCUUCUCAUCCCUACGGCUGUCUUGUCGCCCGUAUUCGAUAUCUCUAGGCCUUUUCUACGCUUCCUCUAUUCCUUCAACAUUCAAGUCGGUUAUCAUACAUGUAAUCUAAUCUGCAGUCUGCAUCAUGGACGCUGAGCGCGCCGUAGAGCAUCGAAAGGAGGUGGAGGCUCCCCCGCAAGGGCAAUCUUCUCAUGACAUUGCGAAUCCUGCAGCUUCCCCAGCAGUUUCCGGUUCCGACACUGAAGACUCUUCUUCAGUCGACGAUGAACCAUCGACUGCAUUCGAGGAUGUCAGUUCCAAGCCCACUCGUGAUGGACAGUACGGUGACGACCAAAUCAACCGUGUCCUCUCCCGUCGACAGACCAGCCAUAGCGAAGAAGGCCCUGAGGAUAUGGCUCAGAUUGCGAAGCUGAUGUCUCACAUGUUUGGCAAGGAAAGGAAAUCAGUUUCUGACGAGGAGAAAACUCGACAUGCUGGUGUCAUAUGGAAGGGCUUGACAGUGAAAGGGGCUGGCCUGGGAGCUGCGUUGCAGCCUACCAACUCUGAUAUCUUUCUUGCCGUGCCUAGACUCAUCAAAGGCCUUUUGACAAGAGGCAGGAAAGGAAUUGGCGCUGGCCAUCACCCGUUGCGGACCAUACUCGAUGACUUCACCGGCUGCGUGAAACCAAGUGAGAUGCUCCUGGUCCUUGGACGGCCAGGUUCUGGAUGCUCGACUUUUCUGAAGGUGAUUGGCAAUCAGAGGGCAGGAUAUAAAAGCAUUAAAGGAGAUGUACGCUAUGGAGGCGCAGAUGCCGAACUCAUGGCCGACAAAUACCGCUCCGAAGGUACAGUUGCUAUUAUUCAUACUGCAAGCAUACUGUCGCUGAUUAAAUCUGCAGUGUCCUAUAACCCCGAAGAUGAUCUCCAUUAUGCAACCCUGACCGUCCGGGAUACUCUGUUGUUUGCUCUUAAAACUCGCACACCAGACAAAGAUUCGCGCAUUCCGGGGGAAAGCCGAAAGGACUAUCAAAACACAUUUCUCUCUGCCAUUGCCAAAUUGUUCUGGAUUGAACAUGCGCUGGGCACCAAAGUCGGCAACGAGCUCAUCCGCGGUAUCUCAGGAGGAGAGAAAAAACGUGUAUCCAUCGCCGAGGCCAUGAUUACCAAGGCCAGUACACAAUGUUGGGACAAUUCGACCAAAGGCCUUGAUGCCAGUACCGCCCUGGAAUAUGUACAGAGUCUGAGAACUCUUACCGACAUGGCGAACGUAUCCACGCUUGUAGCCCUCUACCAAGCCUCUGAGAAUCUUUAUAACUUGUUUGACAAGGUCAUGUUGAUCGAAGAGGGCAAGUGCGCAUACUAUGGAAGCGCCAAACAGGCAAAGGCAUAUUUCGAACGCCUAGGGUUUGAAUGUCCCCCGCGGUGGACCACCCCGGACUUCUUGACCUCGGUCAGCGAUCCACACGCGCGGCGUGUCAAAAGUGGAUGGGAAGAUCGAGUCCCGAGAUCUGGUGAGGACUUUCAGAGAGUGUAUCGCAAGAGUGAUACCUACAGGGCUGCCCUGCAGGAGAUUGACGAGUUCGAGAAAGAGUUGGAGACACAGGAGCACGAACGUGAACAGGCGAGGCAGGAAAUGCCGAAGAAGAACUACACCAUCCCCUUCCAUGAUCAGGUCAUCGUUCUAACUCGUCGGCAAUUUCUGAUCAUGUACGGCGACAAACAGACCUUGGUGGGAAAAUGGUGCAUCUUGGUCUUCCAAGCUUUGAUUGUAGGAAGUUUAUUCUACAAUCUCCCGCCCACAAGCGGUGGUGUAUUCACCCGAGGAGGCGUCAUGUUCUUCAUUCUCCUCUUCAACGCUUUACUCGCGAUGGCAGAACUUACAGCGUCUUUCGAAAGUCGACCGAUCAUGCUGAAACACAAAAGCUUCUCCUUCUACCGCCCAUCCGCCUAUGCUCUAGCCCAGGUGGUUGUUGACGUUCCAUUGGUCUUCGUCCAGGCCACUCUUUUUGAGUUGAUUGUAUACUUCAUGGCAAAUCUCUCGCGGACGCCGUCCCAAUUCUUUAUCCAGUUCCUGUUCGUCUUCAUUCUCACAAUGACAAUGUAUUCAUUCUUUCGAGCUCUCGGGGCGUUGUCUGCUUCUCUUGACGUCGCUACUCGCCUUACCGGAGUUUCCUUACAAGCACUGGUCGUCUAUACAGGUAGGAUGAAGUUCUCUCCAAAUGGAACCCUUUCUCACGUCGCUCUAGGUUAUCUCAUCCCGCCAUGGAAGAUGCAUCCGUGGUUCAAAUGGCUGAUCUGGAUAAAUCCCGUUCAAUAUGCGUUUGAAGCUAUCAUGGCCAAUGAGUUCUACAAUCUCGACAUUCAGUGCGUAAGGCCAAAUAUUGUACCGGAAGGUCCCAAUGCGCAACCGGGUCACCAAAGCUGUGCGGUCCAGGGAAGCACUCGGAACCAGCUAGUUGUCCAAGGCUCGAGUUACAUCAAGACUGCUUUCACAUACAGCCGGUCUCAUCUAUGGCGAAACUUUGGCAUCAUCAUCGCGUGGUUCAUUUUCUUCGUUGCCUUGACGAUGCUUGGUACGGAGUUGCAGCAACCCAACAAAGGCGGCAGCUCAGUUACAACGUUUAAGAGGAACGAAGCACCAAAGGAUGUUGAGGAAGCAGUGAAAAAUAAAGAACUUCCGGAGGAUGUAGAAUCGGGACAGAAAGAGAAUGCUGUCAAUGCUGAUUCCGAGAAGACCCAAUCCGGAGAGCCUGGGGGUGAAGUCAAAGACAUUGCUCAGAGCACGUCUAUCUUCACUUGGCAAGAUGUCAACUACACCAUCCCGUAUGAGGGCGGGCAAAGGAAGCUUCUGCAGGACGUACACGGAUAUGUUAAACCCGGCCGCCUUACUGCCUUGAUGGGGGCUUCUGGAGCAGGGAAAACGACUCUGCUGAAUACUUUGGCACAGCGGAUCAAUUUUGGCGUCGUCACUGGUACCUUCUUAGUAGAUGGAAAGCCACUUCCCAGGAGUUUCCAAAGAGCAACUGGCUUUGCUGAACAGAUGGAUAUUCAUGAGCCCACCGCAACUGUUCGGGAGUCUCUCCGUUUCUCUGCGCUUCUGCGGCAGCCCAAAGAAGUCCCUAUUCAGGAGAAGUACGAUUAUUGCGAGAAGAUCAUCGACCUACUUGAGAUGCGUCCAAUUGCCAGUGCAACUGUGGGCUCUGGAGGGGUGGGCCUGAACCCAGAACAACGCAAGCGGCUUACCAUUGCAGUAGAGCUGGCAAGUAAGCCUGAACUUCUACUCUUUCUCGAUGAACCUACAAGUGGCCUCGACUCGCUUGCCGCGUUCAACAUUGUCCGGUUCCUUCGACGGCUUGCGGACGCUGGACAAGCGAUUCUGUGCACGAUUCACCAGCCAUCUGCGGUCCUAUUUGAAGAGUUUGAUGACCUCCUGCUGUUGCAAAGUGGAGGCAGGGUUGUGUACAAUGGAGAGCUGGGACAGGACUCGAAGACUCUCAUCGAGUAUUUCGAGUCGAACGGUGCUAAGAAGUGUCCGCCUCAUGCGAAUCCUGCGGAAUAUAUGCUCGAGGUCAUCGGCGCCGGCAAUCCGGACUAUAAGGGGAAGGACUGGGGAGAUGUCUGGACCCAGUCUCCUCAAUGCAAACAACUGGCCGAAGAGAUUGACAAAAUCAUCGGCUCCCGCCGCAAUCGCGAAAUCAGGCAGAACAAAGACGACGACCGGGAAUACGCCAUGCCCAUCUGGACCCAGAUCGUGGCUGUCACCAAGCGGGCGUUCGUCGCAUACUGGAGAUCCCCACAGUAUACUCUCGGCAAAUUCCUUCUUCAUGUCUUCACUGGACUCUUCAACACGUUUACCUUCUGGCAUCUGGGAAAUAGCUACAUCGACAUGCAAUCGCGGCUCUUCUCGAUCUUCAUGACUCUCACCAUCUCGCCGCCCCUGAUCCAGCAGCUCCAGCCCAGGUUCCUGCACUUCCGGAACCUCUACGAAUCACGCGAGGCCAACUCGAAGAUCUAUUCAUGGACCGCGAUGGUCACCAGCGCCAUCCUCCCCGAGCUGCCCUACUCCGUCGUCGCAGGAUCCAUCUACUUCAACUGCUGGUACUGGGGCAUAUGGUACCCCCGCGACUCCUUCAGCUCCGGCUACACCUGGAUGCUGCUUAUGGUCUUCGAGCUCUACUACCUCUUCGCCUCACUCCUCGUCCCCUGCUUCUUCACCUUCGUCGUCGCCUUCUGCGGCGUCGUCGUCCCCUACGUCGCCCUCCCCCACUUCUGGCAGUCCUGGAUGUACUGGCUCACCCCCUUCAACUACCUCCUCGAUGGCUUCCUCGGCGUCCUCACCCAUAACAUCCCCGUCCGCUGCGUCAGCAGGGAGAUGACCCAGUUCUCGCCCCCACCUGGCGAGUCCUGCCAGAGCUACGCCGGCGCCUUUGCGAAACAGGCUGGCGGGUACGUCGAAGACGCGGCGGGCGGCCUAUGCUCGUAUUGUCCGUAUUCCAUCGGUGAUGCAUUUGCGGCGAGUUUCAACGUCUUCUACUCGCAUAAGUGGCGUGCCUACGGGAUCUUCUGGGCUUUCACCAUGUUUAAUUUCGCGGCGGUCUACUUCUUCUCCUGGCUUUAUCUUCAUGGCGUGGGGGAUUUGAAGCGGUGGAUUAGUGCGCGGAAGGCGAAGAAGAGUGUACAGUGAUAGUACUACCGGAGGCAAUAACCUUUUUGCUCGGUGGAGUGAUUUUUGCUCGGUCAUGGUUAUGUAUUAUGAUUAGAUAUUCAAUGAUUGCAGACUUCCUUGCGAGAAUUCAAGAUGAAGU